UAGAGUUCAGUUAGCUUCCUGCUUCUCUAAGGCGUGCAUGAUUUGAAAUCUCAAAAUUCAUCAACUUUAACUCCGAUUUACCGUCUCUUUAYCACUCAAAGACAAUCAAAAAAACCCUAGGAAGCUCACAAGGACUCAUACUUAAGAAGGUCUGAAGAUCUGAAGCAAGCUACGGUCCAGCCAUCAUGCCUUUAUUUGGCUCCUCCAAGAAGAGUCCUCAAGAGGUGGUUAAGAGUACCAGAGAAGCUCUUACUGUCCUGGAAAAAGAGCCACCUGGAAGUAAAAAAGCUGAAAAGGCCUUGGAGGAAAUUUCCAAGCAGUUUGGUGCCAUGAAAAACAUCUUACAAGGAUCAGGAGAUCAAGAGCCCCAGACUGAGUUAGUUGCCCAACUUUCCCAAGAGUUCUACAAUAAUGCCCUCUUCCAACAAAUACUUGAUAAUCUAGCUAAGCUUGAUUUUGAGUCAAAAAAAGAUGCAGCCCAGAUCUUCAACAAUAUCUUGAGACGUCAGAUAGGAACCAGGUCACCAACCGUGGAGUAUAUCUGCUCUAAGGAAGAGAUGUUGUUUCAGAUGAUUGAUGGGUAUGAAGUACCAGAAAUUGCACUCAACUGUGGAGUAAUGCUAAGGGAAUGCAUACGGCAUGAAGCUCUGGCCAGGGCCAUACUGAAUAGUGAUAGAUUCUACAAGUUUUUUAUCUAUGUGGAAGUGUCAACAUUUGAUAUUGCAUCUGAUGCCUUCUCUACCUUCAAGGAACUCCUGACAAGGCACAAGAUAAUGUGUGCAGAGUUUCUUGACAAGAAUUAUGACUCUUUUUUUGAAAAAUAUAAGAAACUGCUGAACUCUGAUAACUAUGUAACAAGACGACAGUCUCUGAAGUUGCUUGGAGAGCUUCUGCUGGACAGACAUAACUUCACAGUGAUGACACAAUACAUCAGCAACCCUGAGAACCUCAAACUCAUGAUGAACAUGCUACGGGACAAGAGCAGGAACAUCCAGUUCGAGGCUUUCCAUGUAUUCAAGGUGUUUGUAGCAAAUCCCAAUAAGUCACCAGCUAUUCUUGAUAUUUUACUAAAGAACAAAGACAAACUGGUGGAAUUCUUGACUAACUUCCAUACGGAUAGAACAGAGGAUGAACAAUUCAAUGACGAAAAGACAUAUCUCAUUAAACAAAUUAAAGAACUCCAUCCAGCAUAACCGCAGACCAAUACAAGGCACUCAACUUUUGAUUUAGUAGCCCCAUUUAUGUAUUGUUAUAUCAUUGCCUUAAUUUCCACUGCAAUCCUAUUCAAGAUUAUUGAUAAUUAUUAUUACAUAAACACUGGUAACCACACACAGAAUUACCGCAAACUACUGCAAAAUUGGACAAUGAUUACCACAAACUACUUUAAAAUUAGACAAAGCUUGAACAAAGGUUGAUCCCCUAAAAUGAAUGGAGAUUGAAGCUUCUAAAAUAUAAAACACUUAAAGUAUUUCCCAAGGUAGCUUAAUUUGGAAGACAAUGCAAUAAAUUAUUUCUAUUCUCAUGAGGUUAAAAUUCUAUUGCUUUUCCUCCAAAUUGAACUGGGAAAAUGCUUCAAGUGGUUUGUAGGCUCUGUAUACUAUAAAUGUGGCAUGUUCAAACCUUCAUUACAGUGCAUUGAAAUUGGGAGCUAGAAGGAAUAGGCCUUAAUUGCCUCUUUCCCCUUGUUCUCAUCCCUUGCACUUCUAAGGUGGCAUGCUAGAGUAUAAUAAAUUAUAUAUCUAGCAUGUAUAAAGGGAAUCAGGAUCRUGAAAGGGAAUUGUAAAGCCUUAUAAUGUAAGGCAGUGGUAUCUUGAGCUGCAACUUGCAGCAAGUUACAAAAGGAAUGCACAUUGUUUUCAAGAUCCUUUCUCAGCACCUCAUGAAAAUGAAACAAGACUUUGUGCUGAUUGUUAAAUACAGUGGAGUCCAUAGACUCUUUUAGCUUCAUUGUUUGUUGUGCACAUUUCAGACCAUGUGAUGUCACUCUUGGGAGUUGAUUCUUUCAUGUCUAAAUAUUUUAACAUGUUUGUUAUAAAAGAACAAUUCUCAAGGGAAUGACUCAUGAUCUGAAAUUGGCAGUUUGCAUAUGAAGCUUAAAUGGUCUAUUAUCUCCAACUUCCCGGGGUCUAGAGAAAAGAAAUAACAAGGUUUCAAGAUAUCCAGGUAUUAAAGUCCUUAGGAUGUGGCUUUGACUUUAAUCAAGGCAAUUAAAAGUUUGAGAUAUCCAGGGAGAUACUGUAGCAGGAUCAGGCCUCCACUGUAGUUUUUGUGAUGCAUGAUCAUAAAUACCAUUGCACAUUACACUCUACACACAAGCUGGGAAAAAAUCAAAUCUUUCUUUGUGAGUUGCAAGAAAUAUUGUCUAAAAAAUGGUAUUCUAUCAAUGUUAAUCUCAACAUUUCAUUGGCAAUCUUUGAUAUUUUGGCUUGGAAUGUUUUUCCCUGUUAUAAAUCAAAAGUACAAGGUUAUAGGAUUUGAUCUGUGGGUUAUGUCAGCCCAGAGGUUAGUUUAGAGUUUGACAAAAUAACUAAACAAAAAAGUAGGAUCAUUUUCAACAAUAUUCAUUCUCAAAGCCCUUGGUAAAAGUCAUAAUUUUAGCGCUGUCAUCUAACAUGUUAUUCCUUUGACAAAACGUCAUUACACAGCCAAAUAUUAUCUGCAUGAUUAGCUUAAAAUAAACUAUCGGUCAAAUGGAAGAGAAAGAAUUAAAGAAGAAUUACAAGCUUCACUUAAAUCUUUUGAAAAUAAAAGGAUUGAAUUUUCA